AUGGGGGUGUUCUCGGUCUUCCUACUGCUGGCGGCAACGCUGUGUUUGGCUCAGCAGAUGCAGCCCAUGAACAUGUGCAGCCAAGACAGCACCGCCCCAGCCUGUACCCUCACCUUCACUCCUUGGAUGGCCCCGCAGAACGGCCCUACGUCUAUCUACUAUGACGCCAUUCUCACGGAGUAUCUCAAUAUCAUCGACUGCCGGUACUGCACUAUCACCAAUGUUGAUCACAAUCCAACUCCUUCAGGUCCAUUCACCGAAAAGGCCACUCGUUCCGUCCUCACUGUCACCAGAGCCGGAUGUAUGCCCGAGACCACUGCCAUCACCCGCCGAGACUACAGAGGCUACCAGAACUCUGAGGAUUUUGCUCCAGAGACAGCACAAGCACCUACCUUAGCUCCUCGACUUGAGGCCAGCAACCAAGACCACAUGGAAACCAAUGCUGAACACGUUGAUCCUGGCAGCUGGCAGGUCAUGCAGGCAAUCUAUGAAUACCAGAAACAGAUAUUCAGUGGCAUGAUGUCCGUCACUCUGAUCACAAGUGGCCUCGACCUAAACUACUUGUGCCAAAAUCUUCAGAAUCAGGCAGUCAAGCUUUCCUUAGCAAACCAGGGCCUUUAUCCGGAUCGAGUUGGCAAUGCAGUGUGCUACGCUGAGCAAUUUGGAGUCAACUUCAAUGGUACCACGACACAAACGUUGCAGCAGCUCGCACUGACAGCCUCCUCUUUCGCCUUUGUCUUCCAAUCGGGUUCCAUCACGACAGAGAACACUCUUGCCUUGUGCCAAUCGCUGAACCUCAAUAGUACCUUGUACAGGAUGCUCGACAUUGACAGCAGUGGUAUCAACAACCUUAUCUGCAGCGAGGUAGCCAACGGUACCUCAACGAGCACUACGAGCGGCUCUAGCUCUCUCAUCAGCUCAGCAACGGUUGCAGUAAGCAGCGGUGCGGUCACAUUCACCAGCUGGACAACCAACGGCAGUGUGGUCGUCACCGGUACUGGCGUUGGGUUUUCGUGGACCGGCGGCGCUGCUUCCGCUACCUUCGCCGGUUCCAGCUGGUCCGUGAGUGGCGGUAACAUCACCGGCUCUGCAGUCGGAACCGCUGCCUCUGGCUCCUGGUCUUCUGCAUGGAGUGCUAAUGCAACCGUGACUACUGGAAGCGGUCAAAGCCCGAUCGGCUCAAUCUCUGGGUCAGCUAGCGCGGGCGCCAACGCCACUGCCUCUGCUGCUGGCAGUGGCGCUUCAUGGUCUGGCUCAGCAACCUGGGGUGUAUCAUCUCCAACCACUUCCACCGCCGGACUUUCUGACUCUGUGUCAGUCCUCGGUACUGGACCUGUACCUACGGCCAGUUGGAAUUGGACGAGUACUGCCGUUGCCAAUGGUUCCGUCAUUGCCUCCGGCACUGCUGGCGCGACUGUCACUCAAUCAAGUAUCGGCUCCGCUGCAGGGACUGGUUCUGCCGGCUCAUGGACUAGCAGCGGUGGCAAUGGAUCGGUCGUUAUCAGCUACAGUGGAGUUGCUUGGACCAGCUGGGUUGUCAGCAGCACUCCGACCGUUGCAAUUAUUACGGGCACAGCCGCAUCCAUUGAAUGGGGCACUGCAGCUGCAUCGGCAACAAUCACAGGUUCCGGAUAUGCUGCCACGUUUACCAUCGUCUUAGUCACCAAAACCAUCUUCGUCACCGCUACCGCAGUCGCCCAAAGCUGGUCAGCCUAUGGUGCGAACACUGCUGGAACUGUUAUAGGCACAGGCACAUCUGGCACAUGGACCAUUGGAACGGCCUUCAACACUGUCGCGAACACAGCUACAAACACAUCGAUCGAGACCGGCACCUUCACAGGAUUUGGCAACAUAUCGACGACGCCGCCUUUUACAACCCGAACGGUGCCCCCAACUGUCUUCGGUAAUCACUCAACUUCAGCAGUCACAAACGACAGCGGAAUCCCAUUCAUUCCAGCUAGUGUGACAACGGUAGCCAACAUAACCACUCUUACAAAUGCAACAGCUACCACCAUCACCGCCACCGCCACUGGGUUCUCCAACUUCACAACAUCUAUUGUAGGCACAGCUGUCACAUCGAUUUCAGGCAACGCCUCUGCCGUCAUCAACGCAACUACGCUUGUUGCGACUGCGAGUUCCAAUGUCACCACGACUUUUGUCGGUACGGUCUUGCAGUCCAGCCUUGCUAGCAUUGGCACAAGCGUCUUGACUGUCACAAACCCAGAGAAUGGGUCGAACGUCACACUGAGCAUCAAUUCAACACCUCUCACACCUCCCAAGGUCUCAUCCUACCCCGCUUGGACAACGAGCACGACGAACGAGCGAGGUCGCUGA